AUGGAUCAGAUGCCUGUCCACUCGCCAUCCGCAUCCCACGAUAUGCCCAUGCCCGACAUGCCUGCCAGGUGCUCCAUGAACAUGCUCUUCACGUGGGACUACACCAACACCUGUGUGAUUUUCCACUGGUGGCACAUCCGCUCCGUCUACUCGUUUUUGUUUUCAUUUGUGGCAGUGGCUGCUUUGGCCACGGGCUACGAGUUUGUACGCCACACUAUCUCCCUCUGGGAGGCCCGUACUUUGGCAGUGGCGUCUGACCUGAGAGCCAUGAGUUUGUAUAGGCUCAAGAAGUCGGUGUUUUAUGGGUUUCAGAUCGGGUACCUGUUUAUGCUUAUGUUGGUGUUUAUGACGUAUAAUGGGUGGUUGAUGCUUGCAGUUGUGUUGGGUGCAAUUGGUGGACACUGGUUGUGGGGCCACAAGUCGACAGGACGGGGAUUGGAAUGCCAUUGA